AUGCAUUUCAGAUAUCUUUCAAUUUGUCUCUGGGUCUCAGCCAUAACAUGCACUAAUGCUACCCCCUCUCCUUCAAACGAGCCAGAUUAUCCAGAGGUCAUUCCCGGGCCAGGAUUACCCUCGUUAGAAUCCCUUGGGUUGACCUCCGCCGAUCUGCAUCGCAAUCGCACCAUGAGUAAAGCAUUUUCCGACAGCGCUGAAUUCUUAGUUGUCUGCAUAGCAGGCGGUUCCACUGUCUCCGUGGGCAAUGCGCAAGCGUGUGUCAAUUACUUGGCUAACCUCGGCACCACCGACUGUGGGGUCCCAGCCAAUCCCGGCGUAAUAAGUUUCUGCGUAUCAGGAGAUGCAAGCAUCUGCGGUACGAACAUAUGGGGUAAUGGUCAAGAGGUGCACUCCUGGUGCUCCGACGUGGCUAUCAGUGCCCAGGCGAUUGUUAAUGGAUGCCAGGUCACAAGUGGACAGGUCGAGGGCUACGCUCCCGCAGCUCAGAAUUCCAAUUUACAGGUUGACGUUGAACCAUUGGAAAUCUGUUAA